AACAGCAGAAGAAGAAGAAGAAGAGGGAAAAAAGGCUCUCAGCUUUUUUCUCCUCUCCUCUCUUUUUCUCCGUUAAUGGUGGGGAAGCUUCGAUCUCGGGACCUCGACUGCUCCACGGUCCGUACUGUACCGAAGCAGCCAGCAGAAGCUGACGAAGUACGGUCCCUCCCUCUCUCUCUCUCUCUCUCUCGAGUAGGGCAGAGUCGUCAUCUGUUGUCAGAAACGAGCUCGAUCAGCAGCUGUCAACGCGUGGACUCCGUUCGUGUCGCUUAGAGUUUGCAGGGGUUCAUUGGUUGCAUCUACUUUGGGUUCGUCACUUGGGCUUCAUGAUCUUUAGGCUUUUUGGCAGGCUAUGAUUAUGGCCAUCUGGUACUUGCUUGCAGUUCGCCAAGUACUGGGGAUGGGUCUGGUAACCAAUUUGACUACCCACCUCUUAUAACUUAGAUGGGAUGAUCACACCUUUUACGCUGUCAGUCAAGUUCAUAAGAAAGAAUCGUGGGAAGGAUAUAUCUGUUCUAAUUAUUCUUAACAAUAACGUGAGCACGCUGUAAGUUGUUGGGGGAUCUUGUCGAGAUCUUCCUCAGCAUAUUGGUCCCCUUUCAUAAACAAAACAAAGGUACCGUGAAACGCUAGUUGUAGACUGAGUUGGGGCUUGGACAUCUCCUAUAUAGUUUGCUCUUGGUCUUUGGUACAUUUAUAAGCAGAGAGUGUUAAGGGUGUUAUGUGAAGAGAAACCAUGGAGCAUCCUUGGGAGAAAAAGUUCCCUGUCAAUGCAAAAGAUUACAAGUUAUAUGAAGAUAUUGGUGAAGGUGUCAGUGCUACCGUCUAUAGAGCUCUCUGCGUUCCUCUCAAUGAGAUCGUUGCUAUCAAGGUUCUAGAUCUAGAAAAGUGUAAUAACGACUUGGAUGGUAUUCGGCAAGAAGUACAGACAAUGAACUUGAUUAGUCAUCCAAAUCUCUUAAAGUCGCUCUGUUCUUUCACCAAUGGCCACAAUCUUUGGGUUGUAAUGCCGUACAUGGCUGGAGGAUCUUGCAUGCACAUAAUGAAAUCUGCCUAUCCUGAAGGUUUUGACGAACCUGUUAUUGCGACAUUGUUAUAUGAGGUUCUAAAAGCACUUGCUUAUCUGCAUGAGAAUGGGCAUAUACACAGAGAUGUGAAGGCAGGGAACAUAUUAGUCGAUUUGAACGGGGCUGUCAGGUUAGCUGAUUUUGGGGUGUCAGCUUGCAUGUUUGAUACCGGAGAUAGACGACGAUCCCGGAACACCUUCGUUGGAACUCCCUGCUGGAUGGCUCCUGAGGUUAUGCAACAGUUGCAUGGAUAUGACUUUAAAGCCGAUGUCUGGUCAUUUGGAAUAACAGCACUGGAACUUGCUCAUGGCCAUGCUCCAUUUUCCAAGUAUCCACCGAUCAAAGUUUUGCUAAUGACAUUACAAAAUGCCCCUCCUGGUCUUGAUUAUGAGAGAGAUAGACGGUUUUCAAAAUCUUUCAAAGAGUUGGUUGGAACUUGCUUAGUGAAGGACCCCAAGAAACGUCCUACUUCCGAGAAACUUAUGAAGCACCAUUUUUUCAAGCAAGCUCGUGCUGUCAACUAUCUCGCUCGAGCCAUUCUAGACGGACUUUCUCCACUAGGUGAUCGCUUUAGGACAUUGAAGGCAAAGGAGGCUGCUCUUCUUGGACAGAACAAGGCCCUUUAUGAGGAUAAGGAGCAACAAUCACAGAAAGAGUACAUUCGUGGGAUUAGCGAGUGGAAUUUUAACCUUGAGGAUUUGAAAAGACAAGCUGCAAUGAUUCAGGAAGAUGAUAUUGAAUGCUCCGAAUGCAACGUCUCUACAAAGCAAGAGGACUGGCGGGACGAUCUAAAUCCAGCAGAGAGGCUGUCACCUGAGAGAGUCACCUUUUCAAAUAGUGCACCCAGUAAGGAGGAUGCGUUCGAUGGUCUUCAUGAUUUGGAGACUUCACUUGCUUCAUUUCCCAUUAAACCUCUGCAGGCACUUAAAGGAUGCUCUGAUGUUGGUGAGGAUGGCCAAAAUGCAAGCAAUCCAAUCUGGAACGGGAGCUUAUCUGAUUCUGAGGAACAAUUUCCUGCACAAUCUUCAUCGAAGGAAGCUGUUCUUCAUGCUGAUGAACUUCUUAUGGAAUCCAAAUUAAGGGCUAUGGACCCUAAAACUAAUAGAGAUGAGGGUGAACAUCUCGGGCAGAAUGGCCUUUCGCAUGAUGCCCAGUCAGCAAAGCAAAGACCUAAGAAGCUUAUCAGUGAAUGCGAAAGGGAUGAUUUGCAGUUAAGAUAUAAAUCUGAGAACAACUGUUGUGGGCAACCAUUAUAUUGGCAGAAAAAGGACAUUGACAAAUUUUCAAAUGUGGAGGAUGCAGCUGAUGGUGCAGUAAUCCAACGCAAGGGGCGGUUUAAGGUCACUUCAGCGGAUCUCUAUCCCAAGAUUCAGGGUUCUACUAAUUGCUUGUCCGGUGCAGUUUAUGGUGGUCCAUCUAGUCAUACAACUCCAAACCCAGCCAUGUGCCCACUUCUCCCAUCAUUGCAUUCUAUUUUACAGCAGAACACCAUGCAAAAGGAAGAAAUCAUUAAAUUGAUGAAGUUUGUGGAGCAAAUGACUGAUACGCAAUCAGAAUCUACUGAGGUCAUCACCAAUGAGCUACAGGCAUCUCCCGUCUCUGUGAGGGAGAGAGAGCUGCAAUCUCUUGCAACUCAUCUCCAGCAGAGCCUCGGAAGCCUUAUUGAGGAGCUGCAGAAACAGAGAAUGAGAAAUGCCCAGCUGGAAAAGCAAAUACAUUCUCUCGCCAAUCAAAAGUAGAGGCCGAACUUUAUAUUCGUUGCAACACUCCUCGCUACAAACAGCUUUGUAUUGAUCUGAAUCUUAAAAGGUACCGCUAAAGGCAUAGAGGCAUUCUUUCGAUUGUGUUGUUAAUUAUCACACUAGUCUUGUUCCAUGCUCUGAAUGUGCUUAUUUGUAAAAAGCUCGUGUUUUGAAUUUUGAUUUCUUGUUCUUCGAUUCUGGUCACACGUUCUUUUUUUUCUUUAAAAGAAAAAUGGCUGCAAGUUUGUGUUGCGACAAUCUGUAAUUGCAGCAAUGAGUGUUGUCCACAACAAUAAAGAAAAUGAAAGAUGUUGGUUGGGAGUUAUUAUCCA